AGCUGCUGUUAUCAAGCAGUGGCGAUAUUAGAGUGUUAUGUUGCCUGUAGAACUCUGGGAGAAAAUCAGCUUUGCCCACAGGGAGCUGGAACCAUGCACUCUGAGUGACCCCUCCGUACAGCCGCACUCGCUCCUCCUCUGUAGCCCCAGCACGGCGUUUCCAGCACAAUCUUUUCUAAUACAUCCAGACUCCAUCCCGAGUGAUCGCACCCAAUCCAGCUUAUCCGUUCCGAAAUCCUCCCACCGCCCAGGAUCCAUGUAUCUUAAAUGUGGAUUUUACAUUGCUCUGCUUGCAGUCGCUGUGGGCGUUUAUUUGUUGCCAUCCCCUAUUGAUCCAGAGCCUUUCACGUUUGACAAACCACCUCCUACACUAGUGGGGUCCCUGGCAAUAAACAGAAAACUUCAACAAGGAAGAAGGAUAUUUUAUGGGCAGCUGAAGGGCCCAGAAUCAUUUACCACGGACACUGAAGGAAACCUUUACACUGGUACUGUGGAUGGAAAGCUGUGGGUGAUCCGAGGAGAACAGCUAUUUUUCAUAACACAGAUGGGCCAGAAUGUGCCGGAGUGUGGCACCCCAGAAUAUGAACCUAUCUGUGGGCGGCCUCAUGGGAUUAGAAUGGCUCCUGACGGUUACCUAAUUGUGGCAGAUUCCUAUUUUGGGUUGUAUAGAGUACAACCACAUACUGGAGAGAAAAGCCUUCUGAUUUCAAACGAAGCAGGACUUGAUCAGAUUCCUUUUAGAUUUUUGAAUGGACUAGAAGUCUCCAAGAAUGGCACCAUCUAUUUCACAGACUCAAGCAGUAAAUGGGGUAGACGCCAUCAUAGAUAUGAGGUAUUAGAAACCAAUCACCUGGGCCGACUCCUACAAUAUGAUCCUGUGACACAGAAAGCAAAGAGUCUCCUGGACAAACUCUACAUGGCUAAUGGGAUAGCACUUUCUCCAGAGGAGGAUUUUAUCUUAGUAGCUGAGACCAGCAUCUGCAGAAUUGUACGGUACUGGUUAACUGGCACUAAGGCAGGUAUGAAAGAAGUGUUUGUGGACAAUUUGCCGGGCUAUCCAGAUAACAUCAGGCUUUCAUCUGUGGGCACUUACAGAGUUGGCAUGUCUACUACACGGUUCCCUGGGCACUUUACCCCAUUUCUAGAUGCCAUUGCGCCUUAUCCUGUGUUGAAAAGACUAAUUGUAAAGGUUACCCCGCUGUCGCUGUACAGCAUUCUCCUGAGGAAGCAUGGCUUGUUUUUGGAAGUGGGUGAAGAUGGCGAGGUUCUAGCAAGUUACCAUGACCCUGAUGGUAGUGUGACCUGGGCGAUCAGUGAUGUUUUUGAACACAAAGAGAACCUCUAUAUAGGCAAUACUGACCUGCCCUUCUUAGUGGUUUUACCUCAGCUGGAAUAACACAUGUGUGUGGUACGGUACUAUAUACUCUCCUUAUUUCAAAUCUUUAAUGUUUCAGGUUUAAUGUGUUUUGCUGAAGCAGUGCUGAAAGGCACAUUCUGUUGUUUACCUAUUACCUGUUUACAUAUUUCUUGUGUUUCUCUGUUACAACCUUGUGUGAAGGGCAGAAAAUUGAACUUUUUUAAAAAUAAAUUGAUACUGUAACCCUUG